CGGGAAUACGGCACUUCAAUACCGUUGAGCAUACCGUACCUCCACCUGUCAACACUUGCGAUCCACGACGCAAAGUGCUCAUUAGCGUACGGUGUACCCCAAUAAUGUUAGUGAAUGAUGCCCUCGGGAAGGCUGAGCUUGGUCUUGGGGAAUGCGAACAUGAGUAAAAUUUCCAACAGUAUCCUUGAAUACUUUCGUCUUUCGGUGACCUGCAUGCAAGAUAAGAGGUCAUCUGAUGGUUGCAUUCUCAGCCGACUGAGAUUGUACAGACUAGAGGGCUAGAGUUCAUCGCCAUGGGUGUACGGUUGCCUCCGCAAAAGCGGCACCUGUGAAUUACGAGAAAGCAUUCUACGAAUUGAUACGUCCCUGUGUACGAGUGAAAGAGUUUUUCCUGAAUUCGAUGGGGCUGUACAUCGAUGCAUUUGCACUAAAACUUGAGAGUAUCAAAAGUGUAAACAUUCAUCAGUCCGCAUAGCUCCGCGUUCCGUCCCUAUCGAAAGUGCAUCUGAUGAAAAGUCUGAUGUUGCCUUUUUCCUACAGUUCGGCUUAGAUGUCCUUUGCGAAAUGUCCGAAGAGGAACUCGAAGACGCGUGCAAGCAGUUGGUAGCUGCUGUUGAAUGCUCCUUGGAUCCUGCAACUCUGAAUCAAAAUAGAAUCGCCGCAGUUCGAGUGGCGGAAGAUAUAAAGCAUGGUCCGCUAUGUGUAUUCUGUGGGCUAAGACUUGCCCAGCGUUUGGAGUAUAGUACUGCUGUGCGGCAUUUUGGUCUGCACAUGUUGGAGCAUGCGAUAAAAUUUUGCUGGAACCAGAUGACUGCUGGCGAAAAGCUGUUUUUGAAGGAUAAAAGCUUGGAACUUAUAAAUGUUGGCACGAAAGGAUUUACCUGCGAAGAAACUCUGAUCAAGGAUGGUAUCGCUAGACUAAUCGUUGAGAUUGCGAAGAGGGAAUGGCCCCAACAAUGGCCCGGAAUGUUAACAGAACUCAGUCAAAUUUGUUUGAACGGAGGCGAAAUUCAACAUGAACUUGUGUUGUUGUUUUUCUUGCGACUCGGUGAAGACACUGCUGUCUUGCAGACUAUAGAAAAUUCUGUCAGGCGGAGGGAAAUCCAACAAGCACUCUCGGUGCAGAUCAGGGAAAUUUUUGAUUUCUUCAUGAGGUCUCUGGAAAGAUUUUGCAAACCUAUGAAGCUCAUGUCCGAAAUGGAUCGUAAGACCAUUGCAGGGUUGCCGGUUGUGAAAGUUGCUCAGACUGUAUUGUCGACAAUUUCCGCUUACAUCGAAUGGGUCCCGGUUGCUCAAAUAAUUCACGAGGAUGGACGACUCUUGCAGAUGAUCUCCUCUCUUUUGGAUGAUUCAGAUUUGCGUUAUGGCGCUGCUGAAUGUCUUUUGUUGUUCUGUGGAAGAAGAUUCGUCAAAGCUGAAGGCAAAGCAGCUCCCCUGAUACUGAUGCGUGAAUCGAUUUGGGUCGGUAUCAGUUCAGCGUGUAGAAAUGUUAUUCGGGAACUUUCGCCGGAAUCUACGUCCGAGUAUUAUGGGUUUGCAAAAUUCGUGUGCCAGAUCGUUUGCAUCUUGGGUCAGCAUUUGGUCUCAGUUUGGGGCUCGAGUGAGUUACCAGUUGAAAGAAGCCAGCCGGAAAAUUUCAACGAAGUCAUGUCAUUCCUGAUGGACAUGAUGCAGCAUCCAAGUUUGCUUAUCUACGGAUACUCUGUAGCAGCUUGGAGCCAAAUUUUGCAUAAUGAGAAGAUUACGAGGGAUUCGAUGAUGCAGCCGGUAAUUUUGGAGUGGAUGAGGCGAGCAGCCGUACGGCUUGUUAAAGUUGGGAACCCUUCCCGUCAUGAUCACGUCACGUGUCACUACUCCCGACUGGAUUUUGACGCCGAGGACGAGUUCAACCUCGCCUUCCACAAGCUGAAAUGGGAAAGCCUCUUGACCUUCAGAGCUGUUGCCGUUGCUGUGCCGAAGCUGAGCAUGAGCUUCAUGAAAGAGUCUCUUCUGCAUUUGAUGUCGAAUCCAAACCCCAAUGCUGUCGCUAACUGGGAAGCCAUGGCUGCAAUCGUCGAUGCUUCUGUCACCGAAAUGCGCCAAAAAGGGAUUUUGAAGGAACCCAAUGUCGCUGACAUCUUGAUAGCUGGGAAAGAAAUGUUGCAGAUGUGCUUGGCAUUCAAUACUGAUGAUCCAGUCAUUCUUUCUCCAUUUUUAUCUUUCAUCUCGGCACUCUUCGGAUUUGUUGAAUUUGCCCCUGAGCAGAUCGUACCGACGUUGAAUAAGAUAUUCGCCGCUGUUUCGUUUGGUGGUCAAAAUGCUGCCAGAACGAAAGAUGUUCUUCAGGUUAGAAGGCAUGCGCAAGCGUUGUUGGUGAAGCUGGCUGUUAAGCAUCCAGAAAUGUUGUGUCCAUCUCUCGCGGAUCUGUAUUCAACGAUUGUUCGUUUGGCUGGAGUCGGUGAACUUUCAAAAAGCGAAAAAGGAAAGAUGUUCGAGACCGUUGUUCUUUUGAGCAAUUCCAUGGGGGACUUCACUCGGCAAUUCCAGUUCGUGGGAGAAAUUGUGAGAGAUCACCUGGAUGAAGAAUGGAGAACUUUUAGUAGAAGCGUCGACGACGUUUUGCAAUUCAUUUCGUAUAUCGGAUUGAACCGGGGUGAUCUCAACUUCGUGCAGCUGGCUGAUCAACAAGCGGUGAACAGACAGCAGAUGUCGUACUGUGUGUCUUUAAUGGGAAGCAUAAUCCGACGAGUUGCGUGGCCGCAUAACCGUGAAUUGGCUGUGAAAGGCGGCUACGCUGUCCCUGCAAAUGGGGAAGACCUUUCGUCGUCUGCCAAUAUUCCUCGGAAUCCAGCCUUUCAUCACGUUGCACCUAUGUUGCCGUUCUUGUUCCGAUUGUUCGGUUUUAUGAACCUUCUCUGGCAUCCAGAGGCCAGAAGCCGAGUUCACCCCGAUUUGCUCAAGAUCUACGAAAUGUCGGAUGCUGAGAAAAAUUCUCUGCUCGGCAUUACAGGAGAUAGCGUAGAAGGUGGAGAAAAGCCGGCUGCCGACAAGAUGCAGAGUUUCAUUCUGAAUGCCUACGAAGAAUUGGUGAUACUUCUUGGGAGCUGUGGUCCAAAAUUCGGCCCGGAGUUUUAUUCCAGUCUUCCUGCACUUGCCGCAUCGGAAUCAUUGAAUUCAACCACGGGUGGCAUUGGAGUGAAAGUUAUCACAAACGUUGGUUUGGCUGGCUUUGAAAUGUUGCCGGAUGCUUGGAUCAAAAUAGUCCUGCGCUCGUUUCUGCGUCCUCUUCUCACACAUUGUCCUCGCUCGGAACUCACCAACUUCUGCAAGCCUAUUUUCGCAGAUUUGCUAAGAUUCUUGAAUUGGAAGCUUGCCGAAAACUGGGACAAGGCGGUAAAAGUUACUACGAACGGAAGUGGCGAUCGCUUCGCCCAAGAAGCAGAAGAGGAUGGCAAUGAUGUGCAGGAAGUUAUUGAAGACAAGCUGCGACGAAUGCUCUCCAGAGAUGUGCUGGACAUAGUUAGGUUUCUGCUGAUCGAACCGUUUUCUUCACCGUGGGUGGCAUCCAAAGGACCCGGUGAUCAAUCUAGACGACAGAGUUUGGGUGAAGGUGAAGUGCCCGACGAUUUAGACGAUGAAACGCAAGCAGGAAAAAGGAAGGGUGAUCAACGACCACCGGAAAGUUUCUCUGAUCGUGGGGCUUUGCUGUUUGAGGAUCCACUCAUACGGGAGAAUUUGCUCGCUCUUUGUUUCAGAGCCUUAAGCUGGGGUGAUUCAACGGCAUCGUCGAGAGCGGCAGGGAUUUGCAAACCAAUUUUACACUAUCUGGCCAAAAAUCCAGUCCAAUACGGCAUAAAUCCAACCAUCGCCGAAGGUUUGCUGAAUUCGGUGAUUUCAGGUCUUCAAGUUCACGGAGAGCAUGAUGCGAAUGUUGCAUCACUCAUCAUUCUUGCUGUCACGUUGUACGAUGCCCUUCGUCGUGAUUUCCCAGUUCUGCGAAGUAUGUUAUUACAACUUCCGGAAGUGACUGAAGCGGAAUUGAAUCGAUACGAAGAAAAAAUGGUUGCUGCAGGUGCAGUCUCGAACGGUGAUGGUCAGUCGCAUAGCACGUGCUUUGGGAAUGUAAAGCAGCUCAAGCCGAAGAAAGAAAUGAUGAAAAAACUGUACCCAUGUGUAAAAAUGCCUGCCAUAUUGAGCACGUUGAAAGAAAAUCGCGUAUGGAUCACGAGAUGUGCUACAGCUGCCAUAAUUUGCGCAUACUGCAUCAAAGUGAUUUUUCCGUCUCGACGGCAACGAAGUCAGAAAUUGGCGUCGGAAAUCGGCUCACCCGUCGUCACGUCACCGGAACGUGGGAGAAGCCGAAAAUACGUCAUCGACCGAGAGCUUUUUAGGCAAUUUAAAUACAUCCUCCCGAUUAUUCUGCCGAGAUUGUUCUGCAGUGGAAGCGGACUUUUGACGUUACAGUCGAUCACUUUGAUUGCCCGAACGUUCCUGUCGAUUUACGUGGCUUCCUUGGAAGGACGGGUGGUGAAGUUCAUUGUGAGAAAGGAUGUGGUCGGGUUCUUCCGUCUGUUGCUGUUGUGGCUUGGUGUUGCCGUACCUGCAACGUUCGUUAAUUCUUCGAUACGAUUCUUGGAAAACGAAUUGGCGCUGAACUUCCGGACGAGGCUCGUGAAUCACGCUUACGAGAAAUACUUCCAGGAUCAAACAUUUUACAGAGUGUCAAAUUUGGAUGGACGGAUAGCAAAUGCUGAUCAUUGUCUUACGGAUGACGUCUCCGAGUUUUCCCAGGCCGUUGCUCGCCUCUACUCGCAAAUCACAAAGCCGUUACUGGAUAUUUUCAUUAUCACGGUCAGUUUAAUACAAAUGGGACGUAAGCGAGGAGGAUCCUUGAUAGUCAGUCCUGUGAUCGCCUGCGCCUGCGUUUUAAUCACUGGUCAAAUCUUGAAGCUCCUUUCCCCGAGAUUCGGCAAAUUGGCUGCGAAAGGUGCUGCCUUGAAGGCGUCUUUACGAAAUUCGCACACAUCAGUCAUCACGAAUGCAGAAGAAAUAGCUUUCUACUCUGGUCACAAAGUUGAACUCGGGCUGGUGAAGAAGGCGUACCAGUCAUUUGUGAAGCACAGCCACGAUGUUUUCCGACGAAAGUUGUGGUACGUCAUGCUUGAGCAGUUCCUACUCAAGUAUGUUUGGAGUGCCGUUGGAUUGGUGAUGGUGUCAAUACCUCUCUUGACUGAAACCGUAAAAAAGAAUGAAGGUUCAUCCGAUGGCGGUGUUGGCGAAAGAACAGAGGCGUACACAACUGCCCAGAAAAUGUUGAUAUCAGCCGGAGACGCCGCCGAGCGAUUGAUGUCUUCCUACAAGGAUGUUACUGAACUCGCGGGGUAUUCCACGAGGGUCUAUGACAUGUUGGUCACGUUCGAAGACGUUGCUUCAGGGAAAUACUUCAGACCCGGCAGUGAAAAGCGUCCGCCCGAAAUCAGAGGCGUUGUUGUGCAGUCCCCGUGCAGGAUAGUUCUUGAAUCUGUUCCUGUGAUCACACCAGCGUAUGAUACGGUGGUUGAUUCCCUGUCGAUCGUGGUCACCCGGGACAUGCAUUUACUCAUUACUGGCCCAAAUGGGUGUGGGAAGAGUUCGCUCUUCAGAAUCAUUGCCGGUCUGUGGCCAGUAUACGGAGGAAAAUUGGAACGACCCCCGAACGAUGCGAUGUUCUACAUUCCGCAACGUCCGUACAUGAUGCCGGGUACUUUGAGAUCCCAACUAAUUUAUCCGGACAGUGUUGAAACCAUGCAUAAGCGUGGAAUCACUGACACCGACCUGACGAAGAUCAUGGACAUAGUCCACUUGUCGCACCUGCUGGUUAGAGAAGGUGGUUGGGAUGCCGAGAAGGACUGGAAAGAUGUUCUUUCCGGCGGAGAAAAGCAAAGAAUGGGCAUGGCGAGGAUGUUCUAUCAUAAGCCGUCUUUUGCCUUUCUGGAUGAAUGCACGAGCGCAGUAAGCAUCGAUGUGGAAAGUAAAAUGUACCAAGAAGCCAAAAACUCGGGAAUCACGUUGCUCACCAUAACCCACCGCCCUUCCUUGUGGAAAUUCCAUACUCACGUGCUCCAGUUUGAUGGCUGCGGUGGUUGGCGACUUGAACAGUUGGAUGCUUCUGCGAGAGUUUCGCUCAAAGAAGAAAAGCUGAAAUUGGAGGAACAGCUUUCCAACAUCCCGUAUGUACAAACACGCUUGCUUCAACUCUGUCAGCUCCUCUGCGAAGACUCGAUCGCGCUCAUGAAUCCCGCCGCGAAUAAUGAAUUGGUUGACGUGGUUCCCGUGGAAGAAGAAAUAAGAAAUGAUGUUUCUAUGGAUGACGAAGGACGCUUUGAAAGGACUUCUGCGUGAUACAUUUCCAAAGGUGAUCGGGCAUUUAUUGGAGCUUUUGUUCAUGGGUACGGCGACCUGGGUAAUGACAUCGGUUAGACGAUGCGGAAGUUUCGUUCAAGGAUCUAGUCUGGCAUUGUUUUUGGAUUUGGGUUUCUGUUUGGUUGUCGGCGAGACUGCUUGGUUCAACUAAAUUGACUUUACUUGGCAGAUAGGGCAUCACUCGAUUUUAUGAUGACGUUCUCUUCGGAAAUUGUGAAUGCAAUUAAAUGCUUUAGAUGCAUUGGAUUGAAACCUAUGAAUCAAUGAUUUCCUGCGUAGCGCUAGUGCUCUACUUACUUUCCGAGUGCCCACCGAGUGCGGCUUGCGAAUUCUGCGUUACCUUACUUAUCACUCGUUCAAAUUGCAUCUAGUCAGUCCUAAAAUUCGCAGGUUAUUCGGAAAAGUUUCUUUUGGGAUGUCCGUGCAUUGAAACUCGGCCAGGUUUUUACGGCUUGAGCAAUUUAUUUUGGUGAUGAGCACAAAUUUGGGAUAUCGUUACUACGCAUUACCAAGGACGUGGGCGUUUGAGAUCUCGGACUUGGGAAGUCGCUGUGUAUUCGAGGAACGGAUGCAUUGGCAUUUUUUUGGGAAUAAAUGGAGAAAAUUUAUUGCCUUCGUAUUGAGUUUUCAUUUUUGAUAGGGUGAAUUGCUUGGAGUGAAUCGAUCGAACAGAGCAAGG